UUCUAGCAAAGAAUUGAAGGCGUUAAUGGAUUUUGGAUGGCCUUAUAUCAACUCCACAGCUCAUCACUGUGACUGGAAAGGCAUUACUUGUGAUUAUCAUGGCCGCGUUGCAGAGAUAAGCCUGCAAUCUCAAGUAGGAUGCACUGGCAAUCCUCGGUGGUGUCACGAUCUUGGCAAUUUGGAUCUGCUUGUUUUUACAUCCCUCACUAGCAUUCAUCUCAGCUCGUGUGGUCUCUAUGGAGAUAUCCCACCACAAAUAGGUUACCUCUCCGACCUAACUAAUCUCAAUUUGUCGAAUAAUAGGCUCCGAACUUGCCUGCCUGAUUCAUUAGCAAAUCUGACUGAGUUACAUGUGCUUGACAUUUCUGAUAACAAUUGCUAUUAUAAUUCCAUUCCCCCUUCCAUUGGAUUCUUAUCUAAGCUUAGACAUCUCAAUUUGUCUCAUAAUCUACUCGCUUAUGAGCUUCCUAUUUCAUUGGCAAAUCUCAGUGAGUUACAUGUGCUUGACAUUUCUCAUAGCUAUUAUUACGGUGAUAAUGUCAUUCCACCAAACAUAGGAAGCUUAUCCAAGCUAACUUAUCUUGAUUUGUCUCAUAAUGACCUCAACGGCGAGUUGCCUCUUUCACUGCCAAAUCUCACCAAAUUGAGGAUGCUUGACGUUUCACACAACUUCAUUUAUGGUGUCAUUCCCCCUGAGAUAGGAAGCUUACCAGAACUAACUUAUCUUGACGUGUCUCACAAUCAACUCAAGGACGAGUUGCCUCUUUCACUUCUAAACCUCGCUAAAUUACAAGUUCUUGACCUUUCUUCUAAUAACUUUUCCAGUGUCAUUCCACCUGAGAUAGGACGCUUAGCGAGACUAACUCAUCUCAAUAUGUCUCAAAAUCAACUCUACGGUGAGUUGCCUAUUUCAAUGGCAAAUCUCACUGAACUAGAGAUGCUUGAAAUUUUUCAAAACAUGAUUCAUGGUGCCAUUCCCUCUGGAAUAGGGAACCUCAAGAAGUUGGUUGUUCUUGAUUUGAGCAACAACAGCAUCAGUGGCUCUCUUCCCUCAACUAUCGCCCAACUAACAAGUUUACAAUUUUUGAAAUUGGAUGUCAAUAGGUUGGAAGGUGUUUUUGUAGGGGGGAUUGAAAAGCUGCCUUCAAUCAUGAUGAUAAAUCUAAGCAGGAACUUAAUCAAAGAACAGAUACCUUUUGACUUUGGAUAUGUUGCUGCUAAACGCUUACAGAAUAUCGAUCUUUCCUGGAACAAUAUUUCUGGUGGAGUCCCUCAAUCUGUUUUCAAUUUGAAAGGAAUCAAUUUGUCCUAUAAUCAGUUAGAGGGCCAGAUUCCGCACGAUGUCUGGCUUAACUUUCAAGCAGAGUCAUUCCUCGGCAAUCCCAAGUUACUUAUCCCAGAUGGAAGUGUGGAGGGAGCAAAACAUGGAAGCAGGUCACAUGUAGUUUAUGCAGUGGUGAUAGUAUUUGGGUGUGUGUUUCUGCUUUCAGUUCUCUUUGGAGUUUUUUACUUAAGAAAGAAAGCAGCUCCAAACACACCUGAUCUAAGACAUGGUGAUAUAUUCAACAUUUGGAACUUCGAUGGCAACAUUGCCUAUGAACAUAUCACUGAAGCAACAGCAGACUUUGACUUCAGAUGCUGCAUUGGAACUGGAGCUUACGGAAGCGUCUACAGAGCACAACUGCCCACUGGAAGAGUUGUUGCUGUUAAGAAGCUUCACAGAUUUGAAGGAGAUAAUCCUACUUUUGACUCCUCUUUUAGGAAUGAAGCCAAGCUUCUCUCUCAGAUUCGCCAUCGCAAUAUUGUAAAGCUUUUAGGUUUUUGUCUACACCAACGGAGCAUGUUUCUCAUCUACGACUACAUGGAUAGAGGAAGCCUCUUUAGUGUGUUGAAGGACGACGACGAAGCCGUGGAGCUGAACUGGAAGAAGAGGGCAAAUGUGGUGAAGGGCAUUGCAAAUGCCCUAUCUUACUUGCAUCAUGAUUGCAGCCCGCCUAUUUUACACAGAGACAUUUCAAGCAACAACAUACUCUUGGAUUCAAAGUUUGAAGGUUGUUUAUCUGAUUUUGGUACUGCUAGAUUGUUGGAUCCAGAUUCAUCCAAUCAAACAAUACUCGUGGGAACUAGGGGAUAUAUCGCACCAGAGUUGGCUUUCACAAUGGUGGUCACAGAAAAAUGUGAUGUGUAUAGCUUCGGAGUUUUAGCAUUGGAGGUCAUGUUUGGAGAUCAUCCGGGGAAUUUUGUUUCCUCCGUGACCAUGAUGAAGAUAUCCACGCAGUUUGCUCAAAACAUGAUGGUGCAACAACUAUUAGACAAGAGACUACCAUCUCCAGAUGAAGAUGUAAGAGUGUCGAGGGAAGUGGCUGGAGUGGUGAAAACAGCACUGAAAUGCAUUAGCUCUGAUCCGAAGUCGAGGCCAUCAAUGAAGGAGGUGGCUCAGGAACUUGCUAAGCAUCCACCACGACUGCCAAUGCCAUUCCGCUCCAUACCAGUGCUUCAUCUCAUGCACUCAGACUGAGCUCACAACUGCCUAAAACCGCUUCUUCUUGAAUAAAGAUUAAAUGUCUUGGUGUGUAUCUAUUUUGUAGUAUCUAUGAUGAUGUAUCUGCGUAAUAGUUUAAUAGAUCCACUCUUAACAUAUUUAUAAUAUUCUCACUUUGCUGCAGGAACUUUCUUAAUUCAGCAACAUGUAGUGUUGGUUCCACUGUUGAAAACAACAAAAAGAAUUUUCUAAGAAA